AGGAGGGAGGGAGGGAGGGAGGAAACCGGGCAGGUGACACCGCGCUAGGUUGCUCCGGCUUGGCGGGCGCGGAGCCGGCGGCAGCAGCGCGGCGACCAUGCACGUCAAUGGCAAGGUGGCUCUGGUCACCGGAGGGGCGCAGGGCAUCGGCAGGGCUUUCGUCCAGGCGCUGCUGGGCAAGGGCGCGAAGGUAGCCCUGCUGGACCGCAACUCCGAGGCCGGGCAGGAGAGCAAGGCGGCCCUGGACGAGCAGUUUGAGGCGCAGAGGACGGUGUUCAUCCAGUGCGACGUUACGGAUCAGGAGCAGCUGAAAGGUGCUUUCAAAAAAGUAAUUGAACAUUUUGGAAGGCUGGAUAUUGUGGUUAAUAAUGCUGGUGUGAACAAUGAGAAGGACUGGGAAAGCACUAUACAAAUUAACUUGACAUCUGUGAUUAGAGGAACCUACCUCGGUCUAGAAUACAUGAGAAAAGGAAAUGGAGGCGAUGGAGGAGUAAUCAUUAAUAUCUCAUCCUUGGCAGGACUCAUGCCUGCUGCAUUCCAACCUGUGUACUGUGCUACAAAGCAUGGUGUAAUUGGAUUCACACGGUCAAUAGCAUUAGCUGCUAAUAUGGAAAACUACGGUGUGAGACUCAACACAAUUUGUCCAGGAUUUGUCAACACACCAAUUCUUCAGUCAAUAGAUAAAGAAGAGAAUAUGGGACAAUAUUAUUCAUAUAAGGAUGAGAUAAAAAAUAUGAUGCAGUUCUAUGGCGUGAUGGACCCAUCAAUCAUUGCUGAGGGACUGAUAACAAUAAUUGAAGAUGAUACUCUAAAUGGAGAAGUUAUGAAGAUUACAGCAUCCCAAGGGAUUCAUUUUCAAGAAUACAGCCAAACACCUUUUACAUCAUCAAAGAGAUAAAGAAUUGGUUUAUGCUAAUUAUUUUUGGCUUUUCUUAUAUAUAAAAAACUUUGAAAAGAGUAAUUUUUGGAAAAAAAAAGGUUAGUCUUGUAUCUAGAGCAGUGACAGUGUUCAAACAUUCACAUUCUAAUACCAAAGAGAUGGACAAGAAAAUCUGGUGUAGGAAGACAUCACCAUCCUGUUUUGAUUCUAUAAGCACUAAUAAUAGUAUUUCUUCAGUAGAAUAAAAACUGCUCUGAAGAUUUUUGAUUAUGUAGUAAUAGGGGCCAGUUUUUUUUCCUUCUGGUAGUUCUGAUCUACAUACUCCAAGUGUAUUUUGGUGAAGCUGACUUAUUUCGUGUAAUUCUUUUCACUAUUGUAAGCGUCUACCUAUUUACAUCUUGAAUUCUUCAGGCCAGGAAUUCAGUUCAGGAAUCUAGAACACAAAAAUACCCAUAAGGAGUUAAGAAUUUACUUUUUCUUAGGAAAUGUAAAAUAGAAAAAGAGGCAAAAUUCUCUUUCCUCAUUUAUGCAACUGAAUAUGUUGCAUAUCGCACAAGAAACUACAGAUUUUUAUCUUCUUAGAUUUUAGCUAUUUAUAAAUAAUUCAGAAAUAUUUUUGUUUUCUUUUAUAGAUAUAUAAAUAUUAAUUUUCUCUCUCUGUAUAUACAAGGAUGAAUACUUUGGCAUUGAUUGAAAUGUCUACUUACUCAUUAAAUCUCAUUUUCUAAACCUUUAAA